CACCUUCCAACAUGGCCGCCCCCGCGCAAGGCGACAGAUUGGACUCUGGCCUCGGGCUGUUCGGCUACGAGCAGCGGUGGAAGUUCUGAUUUAUUUUUUAAAAAAGCCGACGGGGAAAUUCAACAGAACGUUUAUCGACAGAUAAACAUCUCGAAGCAAGUCAAUCUCAAAACUUUUCCUGGAUUCCUAACAAAAAUUUCUUUAGGGCUGUGGAGUUGAGAAGAAAACAACCGCAGCAAUGCUGAAGAACCCGGUCUUCGUGGAAUCCCUUAUUGUGUUCGGUGUGGUGCUGUGCGUCCACGCUGUGGUGUGGAACAAGUUGACAUGGUGUGUGCUUGCCGUGGCCGUUCAGGCCUACUAUGUGCAGCACAAGUGGGACCGGCUGCUCAAGUCCGGCAAUGCCGUUUUUCACUUCAGGCCGGCGUUGAGCAGUGGUGUGCUCCCAGCGAGCGUGGUGGUGCCUCUGCUCAGCAUCGUGCUGAAGGAGCGCUGGCAAGUGGUUGGCAACGUGCAGUUCGAACGCUUCUGCUUGGUGUGCUCGGCCGCGGGGAUGGCCAUCGCUCUCUUCGUCUCCCUGCUGGCCCUUGGGCUCACCAAGCCCCUCCCCACAAACACCUGUACCGUGUACGGUUUUGCGGCCAGCGCCAUCAUCUACACCGUGAAGCAUUCGCUCUCCGUCUCGGAGGUGAUCGAGGUGCUGGAGGUGCUGCUGAUCUUCGUCUAUCUCUCGUUGAUUGUCCUAUACAUCAUGCCUCGGAGCUUCACCCCGGGUGAGGUCACCAUCGUUCUGACAGGUCUGAGCGUCAUCACCAACCAGCUCAUCAAGCGUUCACUGAGCUUCGCGGACGGCAAGAGCGACCCGCUGGCCUCCUUCCUCCUGGUAACUGUGGUGGGGGUCGUGCUCUUGGGAAUCGCUUUCACCAUUUUCUACAGCUUCACCGACUCACAAAACUGGGUCUCGUCCUUGUCGUUCCACACUCUAUCCGUCAUCUUCGGCCUGGGCAUCCUGGUGCCUUGGCUGUACCGGCUGACCAGGACGGACCCACUCAGUUGGCUGCUCGAGUUCCUCACUGGCACGAGAACCAGACUGGGCUUACUGACGUAUUGGAGCGUCCUGGCUCUGGCCUCGUCCUUCAUCGUGUGUUGGCAGAACGUGAAGCCAGCAUCGGAGCAGGCGUCCACCGUGGUGAGGAAGAGCUUUCACCUCGUGAUCGUGGCCACAUUUGUCCCCGGCCUGAUCUACGACCGCCAACUGCUGUACGUGGCCGCGGUACUCUGCCUCGCUGCAUUGAUUGUCUUAGAGUACGUCCGGUACUUCAGGAUCAAACCCUUGGGAAACGUUUUAAGCCAAAUCCUGGCUGUGUUUCUUGACAGCCGUGACUGCGGCCCCUUGAUCCUGACCCACAUUUACCUGCUCCUGGGGCUCUCCCUGCCCAUCUGGCUCUUUCCGGGGGUGUUUCUCCCCAAAAGCUCUGUCCCCGGGGGCGUGGCUCUGGCUCCCUAUGCGGGGGUGUUGGCUGUGGGGGUGGGCGAUGCUAUGGCUUCAGCCUUUGGGAGCACCAUGGGAGAGUUUCACUGGCCUGGCACACGAAAGACCUUUGAAGGCACGGCCACCUCGGUGUUCGCCCAGGUGAUCGCCGUGGCUCUCAUCCUUAUCUUCGACCGAACAGUGAACCUGAACAGCAGCUACGCCUGGAUCAUGGGCUCCAUCCUCUCCGUCUCACUCCUGGAAUCUUUCACUGAUCAAAUCGACAACCUCCUGUUGCCUUUGUACCUCUUCAUCCUGCUGAUGGUCUGAGUGAGUGAGUAGUGAGUGCGUGCGUGCGUGCGUGUGUGAAUGCGUGGGUGGGUGAGUGCCUGCGUGAGUGAGAGCGUGGGUGAGUAAGUGAGUGAGUAAACGAGAGCCCGGCAAAAGGUCAGAGAUUUGACUGACCAUUUUUGUUGCCGCAGAGAUUCUCAUUCCGAUCCCACUUGUUGGAACACGAGUUGUAGAAUGAACACAAGGGCAACAGAUAGUUUAUAAUGUUUUAUACUUUACGGAUUUAUAAAGCAGCCCACGCCAGCGACUGACAAUUUAGCCAUUCUCCAAUUUCAUAGUCUUCAUUUCGCUGAAUUUGGAAGAAAUGCAACAGAGGCUUACAACAACAACAAAUCACAUUUAAAUAGCACCUUUCGUGUCACAAGGACGUCCCAAAACACUGUUUGUUGUUGUUGUUAUUCUCCAUGUUCAUAGUCUUUAUUUCACUGAAUUCGAAAGAGAUGUAAUAGGAGAAAAGAAAAGAGGAAUGUAGGGAAGGGGGUUAGGAAAGGUGAGGAAGGUAGACUCGUGUGGAGUAUAAACACCGGCAUGGACUAGUUAGGCUGACUGGCCUGUUUCCGUGCUGUAACAGUCCACGUAAUUCUGUGAAGAUACAUUAAUUUGAUGAUUGUUAGCAAUUUGUGAAAAGCAUUACUGCAAGGCUGCUGGCCAGACACUGGGGUUAUGAGACUGGAGAUGUUUCACGGCAACAACAACAAGAUUCCAUUUAUUGAGCGCCUUUCACGUC